CGCGCCGCUCUCCCCGCCUCUCCCCUCCGGCUCCGGCUCCGGCUCCGGCUCCGGCCCAGGCCCUGCCUCUUUUUUUCCGCGCCUGGCUCCAAACUUUUCCCGCUCCCCUCCCGUGUGUGCGGGAGCCCCGAGCUCAGCGGUCGCCCGGAGCCCGCGCCCCCGCCCGCCCGCCCAGGAGGGAUGCUGCUCCGGCAGCUGCUGGGGCUGCUCCGCUGCUGCUGGCCCUCCCUGCUGCUGCACUGUGCCCUCCACCCGCUCUUGGGGUCCCUCCAGAUCACUCAGGGUGAGCCCCAGAAGUCAUGCUCCAAGCCUGUAGCAGAGAAAUUUACAGAGAGCUGCCAGGAAAUUUGCCAGUGCAGGCCACCUCCACUGUUACCACCGCCUCCUCCACCUCCGCCGCCCCCGAGGUUGCUGGCGGUGCCAACUCCCAAGUCUACUUUUUGUCCCACUGAAGAGACCUGGUGGCCAGGCCUGGUUAUUAUCAUUGCAGUAUGCUGCGCCACACUAGUGUUCCUCUUUGUAGUUGUCAUCAUUUGCUACAAAGCCAUAAAAAGGAAACCAAUGAGAAAAGAAGAGAACGGAGCCAGUCGGUCGGAAUAUGCAAUGACCUCCUCCCAGAACAACAAAACAGUUGAUAACAAUGCGGUCGUAUAAUCCCCGGGAGCCCGCCAAGUGCAGGAGGUGGCAAACUUUCAAAGCACACACACAGAGUAUGCAAGGUGGGUGAAAUGAGGCAACCAAGGGAGCUCUGUGGCCAAGGACUUCAUUUCAGAAACAGCGCACGCAUCAGUGAUCCAGAAGAGAAAACCAGGCUGCUCUCCAGGCUUGCUGCUGCUCCAGGGGAGGAUCAGCUCACCCACCUGGGCUGCCCAGAGGAAAGGCCUCACAAAGGCAUAAGCACUGCAUGCUGCAUCCCAUGAAAACCAUGUUGCCAUGCCUCCCCCUCCUUCUUCUUCUUCUUCCUCUCUUCCCAUACUUUUGUGUUUGAACUGAGUGUCACAAAAAGCUUCUGGAGUAGGAUCUUUUGAGGAGAGGGUGAUCUGCUAGAGUGGCAGUAGUUUACCACAGAUGGGAAGAGGGAGGUGUCUCCCUCUAAAUGGGAGGUGUCUCCCUCUAAAGGGUGAGAGGUGUCACCUAUGUGCUUCUCCAGCCUGUGCAGUUUCAUACGCUGAUGCUUCAUUCUUUUCAUUCUUACUAUUUUGUUAUUACAAAGAGAACAAUGGUUUCUUUUAAGCAAUCAAGCAAAAUUGCCCUGAACUUCUGACUUAUUCAAGAAAUUUAUCUGUGG